AAAAAUGUUAACCGCUCAUCGUAUUCCUGUAAGCCACGACGAAGCAAGUCCCAAACAAUGGGACUGGCCUCUACAACAUAAUGAUGGUGUUGUAAAAGUCCAGGAAAAUUCUGACAAUUGGGAGGUUGAUCUAGAUAUGUCAUUCUUUGAGCCAAAAGAGAUUGAAGUAAAAGUAAUUGGGGAUUGUCUCAACUUCCAUUGCCAACAUGAAAAGCGUAGCGAUGUUCACGGAGGAACAGUGAGUCGCGAAGUUAAUCGAAGCUAUCGACUUCCUGACGAUUUGGACCGUAACACAAUUAAAUCUCAUUUGAUGCAAAAUGGCGUGUUGCGUGUAACUGCCAAAAAGCGUCAUUGA